CGGAGCGUCCCGGCCCGGUCCCGGUCCCGGUCCCGCCGCCCCGGCCCUGCCAUGCCGCUGCGGCUGGCGCUCUGCCUGCUCGCCCUCUGCACCCCCCCCGCCGCCGCCGCGCACGGUGGGAUCUGCUGGCUGCAGCAGGGGAAGGAGGCCAAGUGCACCAUGAUCCUGAAGACGGGAGUGACGUGGGAGGAAUGCUGUGCCAAUGGCAAUGUGGACGUCGCCUGGUCUAACUACACCUACCCAGGCAACAAGAUCAGCCUGCUGGGCUUCCUGGGGCUGGUGACCUGCCACCCCUGCAAAGAGAGCUGCGAGGGGGUUGUGUGCGGCCCCGACAAGGUCUGCAAGAUGAAGCACGGGCGGCCCCAAUGCGCCUGUGCCCCUGACUGCUCCAGCCUGCCCCGCAAGCUGCAGGUCUGCGGCUCCGACGGCUACACCUACCGCGACGAGUGCGACCUCCUGACAGCCAAGUGCAGGGACCACCCCGACCUCGAAGUCAUGUACCAGGGCAAAUGCAAAAAGUCCUGCUCCAGCGUGGUGUGCCCCGGCACCCACACCUGCGUGGUGGACCAGACGGGCAGCGCUCACUGCGUGAUGUGCCGGACGGCGCCUUGCCCCGAGCCCACCAGCCUGGACCAUGCCCUCUGCGGCAACAACAACAUCACCUACCCCUCGGCCUGCCACCUCCGGCGGGCCACGUGCCACCGCGGCCGCUCCAUCGGCGUGCGCCACUAUGGGAGCUGCUCGGCUGCGGCCAAAUUCUCCGCGGAGACGGACAACGUGGAAGAGAACUACGUGUGAAUCCUCCCUCGCCACGAGGCCGGAGCCAGGAGACAGGGGCAUUAUGUGUAUAUUGUACAAACCAUAUACCUGAUAUUUAUUAAGAUAAAACCUUCCUUUAUUUA